GUUUUCAAAAUCCAAAACUGAAACCAAAUAAAAAAUGAUUUGGUUUGGUUUUUAUUCUUUCGGUAUGAUUUAUUUUUUGUCAAAAUUUGAUUCGAUUUUUUGUUCUUCUAGUGGAGCAAUUGAAGGAGGCUGGAAGGGAUGAGUAUUUACCGGGAGAUUAAGUAGAGCAUGUGCAGCGGCGCUCCAUCCGCUUGUCAUGCCAUGACAGGUACAUGACAUGUAGGACAAUCCAUCAGCUUGCCUCGCGUGGGAUUCCACUUCUUCCACAGUACAUGAGGCUUCCGCGAGGAUGAAUGAAAACCAAAGAAAAGGGGGAAGAAAUAAUAAACCACCCGACCCGAACCAGAUGCAGCUUCUUGAAACGUAAGAAUUUGCUUGAAGCGCAAUAUCCUUCUGAUCCUUCUCUUUUCCCUGAAUCAAUUCUCUCCAAUUGGAGCUCAACUAAACGCAGUUGAGAUGGAGCCGGAAGUUAUGGAAGCAGAGAUAGUGCUACCGAAUCGAAUGAAGUUCAAGAGAAUUCAAAUGGCGGAUAAGUACCCCAAAGGCCAAGCCAGAGGCAGGCACUGGAAACAUCUCAAGCAGAUUCUUCAAGCCGAAAAUUACCAGAAUUGCGCUCCUAAUGAACCGACUUAUGUCAGUAUUGAAUCUCCUCCUCCAAUGCAUCCUUGCAAAAAGAUAUGUGAUAUAACAGGAUUUGAGGCUCCUUAUUAUGAUCCCAGGACCAAUCUCCGCUAUGCUAAUACAGAAGUGUUCAAGAUGAUAAGAGCACUCCCCAAUGACUAUGUUCAGAGGUAUCUCGCUCUUAGAAAUGCUGCUGUAGUCUUGAGGUAGUUUUUACCAAUCACAUGACAGUAUUAUCUGCAUUGGUUCACAAACUGUCUUGUGGAAAAACCUCAUCUCUAUGUAUAGUUUAGAUUAUUCGAAUAUCCACUAUCUAUAUAGCUUUAAUUAAUGUGUAGAUUAUUAGAUGUAUUAAUGAUGGAAAUUGUCUGUGUGAAAAAAAACAAAUCUUGUUGUCAUAA